GCUGGUAGGAUGCAGAAAGGAGUGAAUCUAGUUUCUCUUCUUCUCCUGGGGUGGGCCUGGACCCUCCAGGGGGUCCCUGUGCUCCCAGAGCCUCACUACCAAGCACAGAAGAACUUUGACCUAAGCCGGUUCCUGGGGAGCUGGUACGAGGUGGCAGUGGUAUCGACCUGUCCUCGCUACAUGCAGCGUCACAAAGCAGACCCAACCAUUACUCAAGUGGACCUGCAAAACGGCACAGAGGGCACGGUCAAAGUGACAGCCACUGUACACCGGCAGGUGAACGGCACAUGUUCUCAGGAAUCCACAGAUUACGGCCUGACUGACACUCCCGGACGAUUCUUCUACCAUGUUGCCCAGUACGGAGUCGAUGUUCAUUCCUAUGUGGUUCAUACCAACUAUGAUGAGUACGCAAACAUCAUCAUGCUGACCACAAAUAAAUCAUCAGGAGCCAAUACCACUAUAGUCAGGUUGCACAGUCGAACUAUGGAUGUGACCGACACUGUGCUGGAUGAGUUCAAAAAACUGGUCAGACAACAGGGGAUCAGUGACGACACUAUCAUCAUUAAACAGAAAAAAAGUGAUUGUGUCCCAGGCGUGAAGGUGACAGAGCCGACUACUCGGCCUCAGAAAUCUAAAAGGAUGGUGCUGCGUAGUGUGCUUGAGGAAGACGGCUCUGGUUUUUCUCACAAUUAUGCUGACUACGGGAUAUUCCAGGACGCGGCAUGCCUUCUGCCCCUGGUGACUCACAACUGUACAGGCAAGUCACCAGUCUGGGUCUUUAACUCCACCAGCAGUGUGUGUGUGGCCCUGAAGCAGGACAUCUGCCAGGGGAACGGCAACAAAUUCAACAGCAAGAGCGAGUGUGAGCAACUCUGCAGCACGCUCUAA